GCGCUGCGUGGGCCUAUAAAUCUUAUCCUGGCUGACUGAUUGGCGCUGUGCUGAUAUUAUUGUUGUAUUGACCCUCCCCCCCUGUAGUGGCGCUGAUGCAGAAACACUCGCCUGCUCGCUGCAACAGAAGAGAGCAGCAGUCCAACAUUUUGAGCCUUUGAGCUUUCCGUUGUCUUCACAUUCAAUUUCAGAAAGGCUAACUGUACUACCCAGUUUCAUACAUAUCGUGCACUAAAUGUAUUUAAAUAUAUUAAAGCUCUAAAAGAGCAACAUUAAAACGGUAGUUCUGCUAGAAAGGAGGCAUUUAAACCCGGUUAGGUUUACUUCCGUAACCCCUGGAAGUAAGCAAGUAGCAAACCCACUGUCGCUUGUAGCCCUCUUUAUUGACUUCACUAUCAGUCUGAAGCUUCUCCAAAAUGAUGGACUACGAUGACUACGACUCUGACGGAUACUCGUCUAAUGAAGAUGCUGACUACGUCCCUUCAGAUGAUAACCUGAGUGAGGAUGACCUUAAUGAGUGUGAGAAGGAAGACCCUCUGAACGACAGUGACACUGUGCCACGUGAUGGCAGCGAUAGCAAGAAGAAGAGGAACAAAAAGGACAUCAGUGUGAGAAAGAGGAAGAAAGGAGUACUGAAAGUAGAUAAUGAAGAGGGGGACGGAGCAGAAGCAGAGGAGCGGCCACAGGAAGAGGUGGAACAACUCACCAAGGUAGGGCCGAAGGCUGAGGAAAAACUGAAGAAGAAAUCUGACGACCUGUGGGCCAGCUUCCUGUCUGACGUUGGAACCAGACCCAAAGAGUCUGCACCGGCCGCUCAGUCCGGUUCCACACAGAAGGUAACAGAACGUCUAAAGCCCCCCCCUCCUUGUGUGUGCAGUGUCAAGCGGCCUGCAGGCAUGUCGAGCAUCAUGAAUCGUCUGGGUGGAAAGAAACUGAAGAUGAGCACGCUGGAGAAGUCUAAGAUGGACUGGGACGCUUUUAAAUCGGAGGAAGGCAUCACCGAGGAGCUGGCCAUCCACAACCGUGGAAAAGAGGGGUAUGUGGAGCGGAAGAGUUUCUUGGACCGCGUCGACCACCGGCAGUUCGAGAGAGAGAAAGCAGUGCGACAGAGCAACGUGAAACAAUGACACAGUCCCUCAGAGCGGAGCAGAUGUUCCUCUCUCUCUCUAAUGACAAACUUGUUGUUCCCGGGUAAAGUGAGCUCAAACCGGUGCUGUGGCUCCACUCUAUUUCAGGACGGAUAUUAUUAGGCUGAGUUUGUGGGACGAUGGGUUGCUGAGUUCUUCAAACUCAGCUUCAAACCUUCACACUAAGGGCAUUUUCUGAAAGUGGUCACUCUUUCCUGUCUUACAUCCACACAGGGCUGUUUUACAACUAGGACGUAGAGAUCCAAUCACAAGGAUCUUAAGGAGGACUUCAAUGUUUAUUAACAUGGGACACUGAAUCUGCCUGCUCCACUGACAUCAUGACCAUGUGGUUUCAUGCACACAGGUGACCAUCUUUCUGGGGACACUGUACAGAACACUGUAUUUCUGAUCAAUACCACCAUGGAGGUGUGAUCAAUCAAACUGCCUGUUAUCCAUCAGAUGAGAGGGCCACACUGACUCCUGUCCCUCAGGGGCGGAUCUGUCCUUUAGGAACACACAAGGACAGAGAGUGUUGAGAGGAGGACAUCUUGUUUCUUCAUGUAAAUAUUAGAUAUUCAAUAAACACAUUUUAAGUUUG